AUGGUGAACUUCAUCGAGGCGCAGAAGCCGCUGCUGUCACGGCUGAUGAAGAUGGCCGGGCUCCGCCCCAUCGAGGUGGAGCUGGAGCCGGGCACGACCAUGCACGUGUGGGCGCCCAAGCACCACGUCGGCAAGAAGGGCACCACCGUCAGCCCGCUCGAGCCUACCGCCGCCGACGCCAAGAAGAAGAAGAAGGAGAAGAAGAGCCCCGAGUCGAGGCCCAACGUGGUGCUCAUCCACGGCUUCGCUUCCGAGGGCAACGUGACGUGGCAGUUCAACUUCGGCGUGCUGGUGUCGCGCUACAACCUGUACAUCCCGGACCUGAUGUUCUUCGGCAAGUCCACGACGGCGAGCGCGGACCGGUCCCCGGACUUCCAGGCGGAGUGCGUGGCCGGGGCGCUGGCGCGGCUGGGCGUGGCGCGGUGCGACGUCGUCGGGUUCAGCUACGGGGGCAUGGUGGCGUUCAAGCUGGCCGAGGCGCGGCCAGAGCUGGUGAGGUCGCUGUGCGUGUCCGGGUCCGUGGUGGCCAUGACGGACGCCGUGAACAGGGAGACCAUGGAGCGGCUCGGGGCCGGGUCGUCGGCCGAGCUGCUGAUGCCCGACACGCUCAAGGGGCUCAAGGCGCUUCUCUCCGUCUCCAUGUACAAGAAGAUGUGGUUCCCCGACAGGUUCUACAAGGACUACCUCAAGGUGAUGUUCACCAACAGGAAGGAGAGGAUGGAGCUGUUGCAGGGGCUGAUAACUAGCAACAUGGACGCCAAGAUCCCCGUAUUCCAACAGAAAAUAAUGCUGCUGUGGGGCGAGGAGGACAAGAUCUUCAGCAUCGAGCUCGCCAAGAAGAUGAAAGAGCAGCUGGGCGACAACUGCUUCCUGUACGGCAUCCGCAAGGCCGGCCACCUGCUCCACGUCGAGCGGCCGUGCGCCUACAACCGCCAGCUCCAGAGGUGGUUCGCCUACGUCAAUUCCACGGCUGCCGGAGACCAGGCCAGCUGA